UAUCUCCGAGGGGCGGUCCGGGUGUGUGUUCGGGGAUUCCUAGAACUGGAGGCUGGAGGGACACCCCGAGGUGACCUAAUAAGUGGGAGCCAACACGAGGGGAGAAAAAUCUAGAUACUGAAUCCCACAACCUCGUCCUACACGCCUCGAAUCCCGAGAAUCCCAAGCGGUGGGGAGACGGUAGGCAGGUCAGCCCAGACAGUUUCUGAGGAUUAGCUAAUUCCUUUUUCUUUUAAAAAUGGUGGGGAGGAGGACCAGCACUUCGCCUAAGAAUUCACGCUUUCCCAGGACGCGCCCGCAGACUAGGCGGCGGCGCGGACGCUCUAGCAAGCUGGCGCCCUCUCUUUGGUUGCCCUCUCUCUGAGGCUACCCUGGGCGCCGCCAUAUUCCCUUCACAGUGGGCGGGGCGGGGCCAAUGCAGUCACGUGAGGAGCAAGCCCUCAGGUCCGCGAUGGUUCCCAGAACCGUCAGGGAAUGGUUCCUGAGGUCCCCUCGAGUGCCAGGGGCUGUUAGAAGUACCGGAGCUAGAGCAGCGAAGAAAAGAUAAGUUCCUGUUUCGUGGAGCUUAAUUUUCUGUUGGGAAUAGACAGUCAAUGAACAAGAUAUACAAGUAAACGACAUGUAUUAGUGUUAAGAGCUAUGGAGAAAAAAAAAUAGGAAAGUGGGAUGGGAAGGAAGGUGUAGUUCAAUAUUUAAAUGGGACUGGCAGAGAAGAUUUCACUAAGAAGAUAAUAUUUGAGUUCAGAAGACAAAGGGGGCUCAUGCCCUGUGUGCCCACAGGGCGUUCUUGGACACAGCCCAGAGGUCGUUGUGGGGUAAGAUCAGGAGAUGAGCAGAGGUGAGGGCAGGAUGCAGAUCGGGUAGGGCUUCAUGCGUAGGGUGCCCAUGUAAUAUGUAGACCGCUCUGGGUCACUUCUGAGCGAAGGAUAUGCUGUUAAUACUUAUGCUAAGGCAGCAGGCAUAACCUGGUAGCUGGACUGUAGUCGGUGAAUCAGAAGGUAAGUAUGGUUACCUUAAGGGACUUUGAUUUUUACUCUGAGGAAAAUGGGAAACCACUGGACAGUUUUGAAAAGGGAAGUGUCAUGAAUGGAUACUUCCUUUAAUAGCAUCACUCUAAUCUGUUGAGAAUAGAAUGUAGGGGCCAGAACAGAAGCAGACACACCAGUUAGGGGGCCACCAGUCAGGGAGCUGUUGCAAUAAUGCAGGCAAGAGAUGAUGGUGACUUGGACUAGGGUGGUAAAUUGGGGUUGGAUACUGGUUGUAUUUUAAAAGUAGAGGCCAAAAAAAAAAAAAAAAGUAGAGGUCAAAGGAAUUGCUGAUGGGUUGGAUGUGGGGUGUAAGAGAGAGUUUUCAAGCACAACCCCAAGGUUUUUGACCUAAGCACCUGGGCAAGUGGGACAAGCACAAGAGGCGUAGGUUGUGGGGGUAUGUUCAGGCGUUGGAUUUUGGAUAUGCCAAGUUUGAGUUGCCCGUUUGAUGUGCGAGCAGAGAUGUUAGUAUGUUCUUGGAAGUCUGAAGUUCAGAGUAGAGAUCUGGGCUGUAGAUACACCCUUAAGGCACUGUUAUAGAGAUGGUAUUUAAAACUAGAGGAUUGGAUGCGAUCACCAAGGGAGUGGGUGUAAGUGGUGAAAAGAUGUCUGUGGACUGAGCUUCCAGUGCUCAGUGGAGCCUCCAGUCCACAGUGGCCUCUUGGCUGUUCCUCUAACACCUAGGAGUGCUCCAGAGUUGAGACAAGAGAUGAGGAAGAACCAGCAAAGGAGACUGAACGGGAGGAUAGUUGCAUUUACCAGGGCUGUGAUUUUGCCAGGAGGUGUAAUAAAGUGAGAGAGGGGCAAGGGAGUGCUUUUCAGUGACCGUGAACUUUAAGCUGGGGAAGAAGGGAAGUGAGUGGGGGACAGUGGGCAGAGGGCAGGAUCGAUGGAUUGAGGCACCAGUGAGGUGGAGGAGUGUUCAGGUCAGGGCAUGACAAAGACCCUCCCCUUGACCAAACUUCAGUCAGUUUCCUCUGAACCUUCUUCUGGACUAGGCUUCGACCUUAGCCCCCAUCCUUGCUGGGCCUUCCUAGCUCAGUUUAAAGAGAACCCACCCACCCUUCAUAUCUGAUCACCCUGGCCUGCCUUCAGCAAGGAUCCUGUUAAGUCCCUUUAGCUAGAAUCCCCCAAUGCUUGGUGCUUCCUCCUAGUAAUUUUACAUUCACUGACCCCCUCAUUCUGCCUGUGGGCUCUAAAUCCCCAGCUGUUUUUGCUGUAUUUGGAGUUGAGCCCGUUCUCUCUCCCCUACUGUGAGUCUUGACACCUAUUUCAAUAGCUCUGAAUAAAGUCUUCUUUACUGUUUUAGCAAGUGUCAGAUUAUUUUUUUUCCUCAACAGGCAUAACUAGAAGUGGUGAAUGAAAAUAGGAGAGGGUACGUUACUGGUAAUGACAAAGUCUAGGCAUCACCAUUGGGUGGGAUGGAGGGUGAGAUCUAUGCAGAAGUGGAGUUUAAGCACCUGCCAGCCCAGGGUGUUGGAAGCCUCAUCCAUGUGGAUGUUGAAAUCACCAAAAAUUGUGACAGGAGGGAUGUUGGAGAGACCCAGGAGCCAAGCUCCGUGUUGUGGGUAGCAGAGAUGACCACUGAAAAUGCCAGUUUAACUGCUCAUGAGACCUCUUCCUGGCAAAGCCACAUUUGUGCUGCUUUGAGCCCCUUCCUCUCCUAGGGAAAGUUUGCAGAUAAUUUACAGCCAAAGGCCAGUGGCAGGAAAAGCGGUGUUCAUUUCCUGAGGCUCAAAUGACAGUGUAACCAUGAAGGACUCUAUAAAGUUAGGAAAUUAUUACUGAAGUUCUCCAAGCUUCAAUUUGCUAAUGUGAAAAAUGGAAAUCAUAGCGGGAUCUACCUCACAAAGUGGUUAUGCCUAUUUCAUGUAGUACCGUAUGCAAAUAAGUUGUUGAACAUUUCGGUAUUGUUCUCAAGUGCCUAUUAGUUUAUUGAAAACUCACAGCAACCUUAACCGGGAGGGUCUAGUUAAUCCCCAUUUUACAGAUGAGGAAACGUUGCCAGGUGGUGCCGACGUUGAUGGCACCUGUAGAGUGAGGAGUGGGUCCUAACUCUCAGAGGUUCAAAAGUCUGGAGGGGACAACGUUGCGGGGAGGCGCGAAAGCGGGCGGGGGACCAGUCCGACCUACGGCAGCUUGCGCCUCCCGGGCUCGCCCGGAUCGGCGGCCAAUGGCUCCCUCUGGUGGCGGAAGAGAGGAGAGCAGCCAGUGGGCUGGACAGGGCGCGAGGGGAGGGCGCCGCAGGGGCGAGGGCUGAGGCCAGGACCUGGUGGGCUUUGCAAGGAUCCGAGAGGCUGGAGGAGUAGGGCCCCGCGUUCCGGGUGGCGCACCUGGGCCAGGUGUUGUGGCCCCGCCCACCUGCCGGAGGCCUUCCGCCGUCACGACACGCCCCUUUCAGCAGUGUCUCCUCCGGACGCCUCCGAGCUCCGAGUGGGGUCCCGCCCGCGCGGCGGGGGCCUGUUUGCACCAGGGUGAUAGGCGCAGUGGGAGCCGUGGCCCACACCCUGCCGGAGACGCUCGUCCGAGUGGCGACCCCGAGCAGCACCCGGGUCGCACGUGGGGCGGGAGCCUCGCAGGCAGCAAGAGCUGGGUGGGGCGGGGCUUCCCCGGGCUCGCCCACGGGGCGGGGCCGAGCCCGGGGACCAAUGGGGCCCUUGUGUGCUGGGGGUGGGUCAGGCUCGAGGCCUGGCAUCCCGGUAGCCACAGCUGUCUUUCCGGCACCCUUGCCCCCUCCGCCAGUAGCGGACCCUCCGGCUCUCGGGGAUCACUCCUGAGCGGCUGCAUCCUCCGGUGGGCUUCAUAACCCAUUGGCGGCUUCCUCUGCCCGCUGUCGACCAUGGCCAAUGAGAACUCUCCUCUGCUGGCCUACCGGCUCCUGGGGGAGGAGGGGGUUUCCUUCCCUGCCAGUGGAGCCGGGGGUCCUGGAGGGGCGCCUGCCCGGAAGCUCUCCACCUUCCUGGGUGUGGUGGUACCCACGGUCCUGUCCAUGUUCAGUAUAGUUGUCUUCUUGAGGAUUGGGUUCGUGGUGGGCCACGCUGGACUGCUGCAGGCUUUGGCCAUGCUCCUGGUUGCCUACCUCAUCCUGGCACUCACUGUCCUCUCCGUCUGUGCCAUCGCUACCAAUGGAGCUGUGCGAGGGGGCGGAGCCUACUUCAUGAUCAGUCGCACCCUGGGGCCUGAGGUCGGGGGCAGCAUCGGCCUCAUGUUCUACCUGGCUAACAUCUGUGGCUGUGCUGUCUCCCUGCUGGGGCUGGUGGAGGCCAUGCUUGAUGUCUUCGGGGCUGAUGCCACGGGGUCCAGCGGGCUCCGCACCCUACCGCAGGGCUACGGCUGGAACCUGCUCUACGGCUCCUUGCUGCUGGGCCUGGUGGGCGGGGUCUGCACCCUGGGGGCCGGCCUCUAUGCCCGCGCCUCCUUCCUCACAUUCCUGCUGGUCUCUGGUUCCCUGGCCUCUGUGCUGGUCAGCUUUGUGGCUGUGAGGCCCAGGGACAUCCCCUUGACCCCUAGGCCUGGCCCCAACGGCUCCUCCCUGCCGCCCCAGGUUGGCCACUUCACCGGCUUCAACAGCAGCACCCUGAAGGCCAAUCUGGGCGCUGGCUACGCCAAGGACUACACCACGGGGGCCACGAUGACCUUUGCUAGCGUCUUUGCCGUCCUUUUUAACGGCUGCACAGGCAUCAUGGCUGGGGCCAACAUGUCAGGGGAGCUGAAGGAUCCCAGCCGGGCCAUUCCUCUGGGCACGAUUGUUGCCGUUGCCUAUACUUUCUUCAUCUACAUCCUGCUUUUCUUCCUCUCCAGCUUCACCUGCGACAGGAUCCUGCUGCAGGAGGACUACGGGUUCUUCCAAGCCAUCAGCCUGUGGCCCCCGCUGGUGCUGACCGGUAUCUAUGCCACGUCGCUCUCAGCCUCCAUGAGCUCCCUCAUCGGCGCCUCCCGCAUCCUCCACGCCCUGGCCCAGGACAACCUCUUUGGAGUGAUUCUGGCGCCAGCUAAGGUUAUAUCUCAAGGGGGGAACCCCUGGGGAGCCGUGCUGUAUUCUUGGGGCCUAGUGCAGCUGGUGCUCCUGGCUGGGAAGCUGAACACGCUGGCCGCUGUGGUCACUGUCUUCUACUUGGUGGCCUAUGCUGCCGUGGACCUGUCCUGCCUGAGCCUCGAGUGGGCCUCGGCCCCCAACUUCCGCCCCACCUUCAGCCUCUUCUCCUGGCACACGUGCUUGCUGGGGGUGGCCUCCUGCCUGCUCAUGAUGUUCCUCAUCAGCCCCGGGGCCGCUGGCGGCUCCCUGCUUCUCAUGGGCCUGCUUUCUGCCCUGCUCACGGCUCGAGGAGGCCCCAGCAGCUGGGGUUACGUCAGCCAGGCCCUGCUUUUCCAUCAGGUGCGGAAGUACCUGCUCCGGCUGGACGUCCGGAAGGACCACGUGAAGUUCUGGCGGCCUCAGCUGCUGCUGCUGGUGGGGAACCCCCGGGGCGCGCUGCCUCUGCUGCGGUUGGCCAACCAGCUCAAGAAAGGGGGCCUCUAUGUGCUGGGCCAUGUCACCCUGGGAGACCUCGACUCCCUGCCCUCGGACCCCGUGCAGCCGCAGUACGGGGCGUGGCUGAGCCUGGUGGACCGGGCCCAAGUGAAGGCCUUCGUGGACCUCACCCUCUCGCCCUCCGUGCGCCAGGGGGCUCAGCACCUGCUGCGGAUCUCAGGUCUUGGUGGCAUGAAGCCCAACACGCUGGUCCUGGGUUUCUACGACGAUGCUGCACCCCAGGACCACUUCCUGACGGACCCAGCUUUCUCUGAGCCUGCGGAUGGCAUCCAGGAGGGCGGGUCCCCAGCCCUGAGCACCCUGUUCCCUCCACCCCGGGCUCCAGGAAGCCCCCGGGCUCUCAGUCCCCAGGACUACGUGGCUACAGUGGCAGACGCCCUGAAGAUGAACAAGAAUGUGGUUCUGGCCCGGGCCUGUGGAGCCCUGCCCCCCGAGCGGCUAAGCCGGGGAUCUGGGGGCACCUCUCAGCUGCAUCACGUGGACGUGUGGCCCCUGAACCUGCUGCGGCCCCGGGGCGGGCCUGGCUACGUGGACGUCUGCGGCCUCUUCCUGCUGCAGAUGGCAACCAUCUUGGGCAUGGUGCCUGCUUGGCACAGUGCCCGCCUGCGGAUCUUCUUGUGCCUGGGGCCUCGCGAGGCGCCAGGGGCAGCCGAGGGGCGGCUGCGGGCACUGCUGAGCCAGCUGAGGAUCCGGGCCCAGGUGCAGGAGGUGGUGUGGGGCGAGGGGUCUGCGUCGUCCCAGGAGCCUGAGGAGGAGGAGGAAGGGGACUUCGUGAACGGCAGGCGGGGAGACGCCGAGGCAGAGGCCCUGGCAUGUAGUGCCAACACCCUGGUUCGGGCCCAGCAGGGGCGUGGCGGAGGAGGGGGGCCUGGUGGCCCUGAGGGUGGGGAUGGCGAGGAGGGGCCCGCCACCGCCCUGACCUUCCUGUACCUGCCCCGGCCACCUGCUGACCCUGCUCGCUAUCCUCGCUACCUGGCGCUGCUGGAAGUUCUGAGCCGCGAUCUGGGCCCCACGCUGCUCAUUCAUGGCGUCACCCCUGUCACUUGCACUGAUCUCUGAUGCCCGUUCCAAGUAGAGAGUGUCUAGGUAAUCGUAAUCGGGUGGCCCACCUUGAUUAUGGGGUGAGGAGGGGAAGGGCCGCCUUCCACCCGCCUGGCACGUGGGACUUGGACCCUGGUGGAGGUAUUAGGGGAUCCUGGUCUCUGUCAUCUCUUGGUCUCUAGGAGAGGGGCCCCGGUGCACUAACUAACGCAGGGCAGCUGUCCCCGCCACCACAGGGGAGGGCUCCCUCCCCCACUGCACUCCCUCCCUUCAGCCGUGCCUUGACGGGGUCUGGGUCUCCGCUUGUGACUCCAGGCUACCUCAGUCUCCCCACCUCGCCCAACAGACUCCCCGACCACUGGGGUUUUGAUGUUUUUGUUCUGUUUUAUUUUUCUAACUGCCGAACGUGAAUAAAAGAUCAAAACACUA